AUGGAUGGGCAGGCAGGGAGCCUCAACGCCAGCCUGAUCGGGCAGGAGCCUGGGCUCCGCGGCAGCGCCUGGACGGCCGCCUUCCUCUGCUUCGUCAUCCUCCUGACCAUGGUGGGCAAUUUCGCCCUGAUCCUCCUCAUCUUCAGCCAGCAGUUCCUGCGGAACACCUCCAACUUCUUCCUGGUGUCCCUCUUCAUGUCCGACCUCAUGGUGGGCUCGGUGGUCAUGCCGCCGGCCAUGCUGAACCAGCUCUACGGCCGCUGGGUGCUGGACGGCGCCUUCUGCUCCGUCUGGUUCUCCUUCGACGUCAUGUGCACCAGCGCCUCGAUCCUCAACCUGUGCGUCAUCAGCCUGGACCGCUACCUGCUGAUCAUCUCGCCACUCAAGUACAAGCUGCGGAUGACCUCCGGCCGGGCCUUCUGCCUCAUUCUAGCCACCUGGACGUUGGCGGCCUUGGUGUCCUUCCUGCCCAUCAAAAUGGGCUGGCACAAGAUGGAGGUUGACCGCCGGCCCUCCAACGCCACCCUGCAGCUGGAAGAGGAGCAGUGCCGCCUCCUGGUCAGCUUGCCUUACGCCCUCAUCGCGUCGGGGCUGACCUUCUUCCUCCCCUCUGCGGCCAUCUUGUUCACCUACUGCCGGAUCCUCUUGGCUGCGCGGAAACAGGCCAUCCAGGUGGCUUCGCUCACCAACAACAAGGCCAUCAACGAACCAGCUCAGCAGGUUCCCCGGGAUCAGGCCCAACCGGCAGGGGCGAGUGACAACCGGAAGUUUGCCAACAAGCACAGCAGACGGGCCCUGAAGGCCAGCCUGACCCUGGGCAUCCUUUUGGGCAUGUUCUUUGUGGCCUGGCUCCCUUUCUUCGUCUGCAACAUGGCCCAGGCCGUCUGCAACUGCAUUUCAGCUGAUUUUUUCGACAUCCUGACGUGGCUGGGCUACUGCAACAGCACCAUGAACCCCAUCAUCUACCCGCUGUUUAUGCGGGACUUCAAGCGGGCCAUGGCCAAGUACCUGCCCUGUUGCCCCCGCACUUGGGAACGCAGGCCUAGCCGCAUCUCGCUGUCCCUCAGGAAUUCCAACAGCGGCCCACGGCCAGGGGUCUCCCUCAAGAGCACCCUGGCCCUGCCGGGGGAAAUGGACUCGGCCAAUUCCAUCAUCCAAGGCAACGACCACAGCGGCCAGAGGCUGGGCUUUCUCCCGGCCACGCGGGCUGACUCCGUUAACCUUUCUGAUCCUGAGCAGAUGGAGCCGGAGCUGAAGGUCAUCUAUCUGAACACUCCCACGAACUGACCGCCGCCCUGCACUGCCGCCCAAGGAGGCUGGACCAUCAGGGCCUGUGGGGGCUGC